AUGGCCUCUCAUCUUGAUGCCCAUGCUCGUCCGCCUGAAGACCUCCGCCGACAGUACAAGCACUAUCAAAAGGCCUCCAUCCAACUGUUGGACGCAGACCCUGAUCUGUUUGAUACUAACCGGCGCAAUCUGUCCGCCUAUCGACACCGUCUUUUGAUUGUUCCCUCUCUACUUGACAGAAACGUCCAGCUUUCUUUGCUGGACAAAUUAUUACAUCGCGACCUUUCAAAUCCUUCCCACAAGACCAAUCUACACAUGCACUAUGACAUGACAUAUCCUCAACGCUCUGAUGGAAGUACAUCCUCUUUCUUCAGUAUUGAGGCACAAGACAUCUCGCACCCGCCAAAAGAUCCUUCGGUCCACAAGCCUUUGCCUAUGGCUUCUUGUCUAAACAGGAAAUUGCGCUGGGUCACUAUUGGUGGCCAAUACGAUUGGACCCAGAAAGUAUAUCCAGCAUCAACGCCGCCGCCCUUCCCAGAAGAUGUGGCUGCCUUGGUCGAGGGGCUGUUCCCAUCCAUGAAAGCACAAGCGGCCAUAGUCAAUCUCUACACGCCUAGUGACACGUUAAGUUUGCAUCGGGAUGUGAGCGAGGAAUGCGACAGACCUUUGGUCAGUAUUUCUUUGGGGUGCGAUGCUAUCUUCAUGGCAGGCUUAGAAGGCAGCCAAGGUGUUGCAAUUCGUUUACGAUCUGGAGAUGCCCUCGUCAUGUCUGGUGCAGCUCGGUAUGCCUGGCAUGGCGUGCCCCAGAUAUUGCCAGGCACUUGUCCCGAUUGGAUGGCAGAUUGGCCUCGUAGAGAGAAUGGAGUACAAGCAGAGACUUAUGAACAUUGGAAAGGGUGGAUGGCACGCAAGAGAAUCAAUCUCAACGUGCGACAGAUGUGGGAGUAA